AUUAACUUCUGGGGAACAUCUUCAGCAAAGCUAGAAUUAUUGAAAGGCGUUGCACCGGAGAGUAAAGGCACAAAGGCAGUGACUUGUGGGAAACAGGGUAAUGGCAAAGUAACACCCACCUUUGGCUCCAGAUUGUCCCAGCCUCCAACAGGACAGGGAAGGGAAAUGGCUGUAGUGGAGCCAGUCCAGGGGCCGGUGACCUUUGAGGAGGUGUCUGUGUAUUUCACCAGGGAAGAGUGGGCUCUGCUGGACCCCGCUCAGAGAGCUCUCUACAGGGACGUCAUGCAGGAGAACUAUGAGAAUGUGACCUCGCUGGCAGGUGAUGCAAUGAUAUGUGAGACUGAGGAGCAAAAUUCUCAUCAGGAAUAUGUUGAGCUAGUGGAUAAACACAGAGAAUUAUCGCAAAGAUCGGAAAGGAAUGUGUCCAGGAGUCAUGAGCUGGGAAAAUCCUGUGAGAUUCAGCACAGACCAGAAAGAGAACAAGGAAGCCAGCCACGGGAGAAAGUGGGUAAAUGUAUUUCCUGUCCAGGAACUCAGAAGGACCUUAAGGAAACCACAACACAGCAAGAAAUCCUCAGGGGACAGAGAAAAAAUACAUUCACUGAGUGUGGGAAAAACUUACGUGACUAUUCAGCCCUUAUUAGUCAUCAGAGAAUCCACACAGGGAAGCGGCUCUAUGAAUGCAGUGAGUGUGGGAAAAGCUUCACUCACAGAUCAGGUCUUUUUCAACAUCAGAGAAUCCACACAGGAGAGAGGCCCUAUGAAUGCAGUGAGUGUGGGAAAAGCUUCACUCACAGAUCAGUGCUUUCUGAACAUCAGAGAAUCCACACAGGGGAGAGGCCCUACGAAUGCAGUGAGUGUGGGAAAAGCUUCAGUCACAGAUCAGUGCUUUCUGAACAUCAGAGAAUCCACACAGGGGAGAGGCCCUAUGAAUGCAGUGAAGAAUGCACUGAGUGUGGGAAUACCUUCUCUUGGCACUCAAACAAUGUUAGGCAUCAGAGAAUCUGCAAGGGAGAUCAACACCAUAAAAACCUCUAGGGUUACCAUUAUUUUUUUUUCUUUAAUACUUUUCCUGAUUCCCACAUAGUAACUUUUAAAGCUGUUUGACUGUUAUCCCUCAGUUUGUCCAGUUGAUUGGCCAUUUUUGCCUUUUGCAGUUCUCCCUGUUUUGAGGUGGACAAAUAGGUCUCUAAUUCGAGUGUGCCCUUCCUAUCGGGAACCAGGGAGCAUCAUAUUAAUACCAUUCCUCCUGUUUCAAAGUUAUUGUUAGAAUGUGACAUUAUUAAUAUGAACUGGGACUGCAUAGAUCCGUAGUGUCCAAUAGAAAUUCGAUGCUAGCCACACUGCUAGCCCCACUUGUGGUUUUGAAUUUUUAUUAGCUACAUUAUAAAAAAGCCACAUGCAUUAGCCACAAUUCAACAGCCUAUUAGCCACAUGUGGCUAGUGGCGAACGUAUUGGACACCGCUGGUAUAGAUCAUUGUUGCAGCUAUAGUGGCACCAAAUCUUGUAUAAAGUGAGUCAAAUAAGGUGUCUGAGACAAGGUUUUGAUUUGCUGGUUAUGGUUAUGCUAUCUCUAUGCAUGUAUCAUUUCUGUAUUUAAAGUUAUAAGUAUUUGCUCUAUACUGUCUGUAUUUCAAGCUUGUGCUAUGCUUCUGGGUGACACCCCAGACAAUUUGUCAUCAGCACUGCCUUGCCUCCUUGAUGGCCCAUUAAGGGCCAUCAGCUAUACAACUGACCCAUUGAGAGAAGGCAUAUACAUCUUGUGACUCAGCAAGGCAUGCAGGGACAUGCCUAUGGAUAGAACUCUAAGGUUUUUCCAUGCCAUGUGCUGGAUAGCUUGUUUUUGGAACAAAGAAAGCAGAGGCCACAUGGCAAGAGACUAUAAAAGACUGCUGCAUCUCCUCCAUCUCGUGUUUAAUCCUGCUUCUUGCCCAUGGAGGGACUUUGCUACAAACUGAAUCUCUGAACAAAGGACUGAGUGACCCAUCCCAGCUGUGGAUGUACUCCAGGGACUUGAUUUGAACCAGCAGUUUAUUCCAUUACUGCUAUAAGUCUGAACCAAGAAGUUUGCUAUUACUGUAUAUAAUUGAUUCCAUUUAACCAAUUCUAGCUCU